CUCUCAAUGCGCUUCAACCAGUUUACGCUUCCGGCGACGGAUCUCUCAGCGUCCAUUGCGUUUUACUCGCGACUUGGCUGCUUGCCGAUCGUCGUCACAGAGACGUACGCGCGCUUUGAAGACGGCGCGGCCGGCAGCACGUUCUCCCUUGAAAAAGUGGACCAAACUGUUCCUGAAAUGCCGGGGCACCACGCCAUGACCCUGUACUUUGAAGUUGACGACGUGGAUGCGACCGUCGCGGCGCUAUCGGAGCAGGGCGUUGUCUUUGACGAGCUCCCAGAAGACAAGUCGUGGCUCUGGCGCGAGAGCCGCUUCCGUGACCCGGCAGGCAACCGUGUGUGCUUGUACUAUGCUGGCAACCAACGCCGCUUCCCGCCGUGGCGAGUCGACGGUCGCACGGCUCCGUAA